CGUCCGUGCUGCCGUUGGUGCUGUGAGACUCGUGUCUUCGUCGCCAUUGCACUGCCACCGCCGUUGCCUGUCCCCACCGCCACUGUCGAUGGUGCAGUCGCCUCUACUGCACCUUGUCCACAGUAGCAGCGGAGCUCCAACCGCCAUGUCGAGCUCUGAAGUUCGCACCCCUAGCCAAAGAGUCACCGUUGCCUGCUCCAAAUCGACUUCCAAACCGAGGCCCAAAUCAUCAGGCCACAACGGAGAUGGCGAUGAGGACAACACCAGUGGCAAUGUAAGUUUAGCCACGCUCAAGAGACGCCAGCAAAGUAAUCCCUCUGGGCUGGUAGUAUCAAGAACGACACGAUCGGCCCCACCUUCGCCCUCGGCGUGGGCUUUAUCUCCCGGACAAAGUUUAUUGUGGGCGGGAUCGUUAGCGAUGGAGGUUUCUUCUGGCUUCAAUGCACCAAGGGCUAGUACUAAGAAACCAGAGAGCAAAACAAAUGGAGGUGGUGGCAAUGGCGGUGCAGUUAGUAAGGUUUUGAAGUACUUCAAGCCAAAGAGGAAGGUGUCGCCUGUGCAAGAAGAGGAGAUUCACAAGUUACGCAUCUUGCACAGCUCAUUAUUGCAAUGGAGGAAACUAUCUGUGUUAAGAGAGAACUUCAGCACCUUCAAGAUGAAGUUCUUGAAAUUUGACAUCCCACUGAUGGCUUUGACUGCUACUGCUACUAAUGGUGUUCGAGAAGAUGUUAUUCAGUGCCUUUGCAUGUCAAAGGAGACAAAGAUUGUGCUUACAUCAUUCUACCGCUCCAAUCUACGUUUUUCUGUUAAGCAUAGCAGAACUUCUUCACGGACUUACAAAAAGGAUUUCCAUGUUUUGAUAAAAACAUAUGGUUUGAGAAGAAAGAUCGGUGACAGCCAGCAUCUUGACUAUGCUGAAGAUUCCGAUAAUAUGCGCGUACGUUAUAGUUCAAAUCUGAAAAUGAAAAAAGAAAAAGAAAAAAGAACAUGUUGGAACUUGGAAUUGAUCUUGAAACUGUGACAUGAUAGGUUUCAGGUUCUUGGUUCUGACAGGUAGGUUCCAAGUUCCAAAUUUUUUGAAACUUGUACCGAGGGUAGGUUCCAAGUUUUAGACGGAAUCGAAACCGCUCACCCCUACUCUCUACAUCGCGACUCUCUCUCCUCUCUCCUUUCUCUCGACCCUCUCUCUCUCUCUUCUCUACCCUCUCGCUUCUUCUCUAUCUGGAACGAGAAGGAAGAGCUUCCAUCGCAAUCUCUACCGGUCAAGCUCCCUCCCCCCUGCCGGAAGCGCCUCCUCCAGCGGCAGAACUCGCUCCGAGCUCGCGGUUUCGCAGCUCGCCUCAGGCUCUGACGCCGUGCUCCGAGCUUCGGGAUUGCGGAUCGCCUUCCGUUCUUCAUUUUCCUUCGUCCGAUGCGCUGAUGUAUGUUCUUUUCCGCCGCUGCUGAAUCGACCUCCGGAAUGGAGACGCUGGUUCGCUAGGGAACCGGAAGGAGUGGUGACGUAGCGAGGCGGAUCGACUCGGGCGUUGCAGAGGCGCGAGAUUGCAGCGGCGCGGGGGUGCGGGAUCACAGUGUGGUGGCGUGGCGUCGGACGGAGCGAGCUGUCGGAGCGGGGCUCAGGCGUGGCGGGCUUCGGCCACCGAGCGGACAGGAGGCGAGGUGCUGAGGUGGAGGUCCGAGCGGCGUGCAGUGGGGUCGCGGGUCACUGGUGUGAGGCGGUGCUGAUGAGGCGACCGGUGCAGCUCGGUGGCUUCGCGGCUGCGGGUGGAGGGUGGUGCCGCUGGUGCUCGAGCAGAUCUGGGCGGAGGGUUUGAGCGGAUCGGGAAGCGGCGCCGCCGGCAGAGGAGUGGCAGUCGGCGACUCGGAGGUGGCUGGUGGCCCGGGCAGCAGGCGGUGUCCGGUGCUAUUAAUCGAAAGGUCGAGGCACCACAGUAGUCGCGGUCGAGAGGAGGAAGAUGAACAGUGUUCUGCUCUUUUUCCCUUUUCCUGCUGCUGGGUCCCGCUGACCUCCUCUUUCUCUCUCUCUCGUCACUCUCCUUUGUACUUUCUGCAAAAGACUUUUUCACUCUUCUCAACCGGAGGAGAAAUUUCUUCAAUUUUUUUCUCCACCCCCUCGAGAAGAGACCCCCCUUUUAUAGAGCAAGAAAAAUCAAUCUAUUCUACCCA